GGAGGCACAACUUCCGGAGAGAGGCGGAAGAGCCUGGAGGCUCUAUGCUGGGGAGUCCCGGGACGCCUGAGGGGCCACCCGGGGUAUAGGAAGGGGCUGCUCGGGGCUGCCUGGCUGCACCCAGUGUGUCUGGACUGCGAGUCUGAGGGAUGAGGAGGGGCCAUGGCCAGCGACGGCGCCAGGAAGCAGUUCUGGAAGCGCAGCAACAGCAAGGUCCCAGGCAGCAUCCAGCAUGUGUAUGGAGCCCAGCACCCACCCUUUGACCCACUGUUACAUGGCACCUUGCUCAAGGCCACACCCAGGAUGCCAACCACGCCGGUGAGGGCCAAGAAGGUCAGCACCUUCCAGGAGUUUGAGAGCAAUACCAGCGACGCCUGGGAUGCUGGGGAAGAUGACGACGAGCUCCUGGCCAUGGCGGCAGAGAGCCUUAACACCGAGGUGGUCAUGGAGACAGCCCAUCGUGUGCUGCGCAACCACAGUCAGCGGCAGGGCCAGCCUGCUGGGCAGGAGGCCCCACGGCCGGAGCUGAGGCUGCAGCCCGAGGCAGAGCUGCCUGCAGCCCCAGGAGACCUGCGGCUGGUGAAGUCCGUCAGUGAGAGCCACACAUCCUGCCCUGCAGAAGGUGCCAGUGAUGCUGUCCCUCUGCAGAGGUCCCAGUCUCUGCCUCACUCGGCCACUGUCGCGCUGGGCGGGACGUCCGACCCCAGCACCCUCAGCAGCUCAGCACUGAGUAAAAGAGAAGCCUCCCGGCUCGACAAGUUCCAGCAGCUGCUUGCCGGCCCCAACACAGACCUCGAGGAGUUGCGGAAGCUGAGCUGGUCUGGGAUCCCGAAGCCAGUGCGUCCUAUCACAUGGAAGCUCCUCUCGGGUUACCUUCCUGCCAAUGUAGACCGAAGACCAGCCACUCUUCAGAGAAAACAGAAAGAAUAUUUUGCUUUUAUUGAGCACUAUUAUGAUUCUAGGAAUGAUGAAGUUCACCAAGACACAUACAGACAGAUCCACAUAGACAUCCCUCGGAUGAGCCCUGAAGCAUUAAUACUUCAACCCAAGGUGACAGAGAUUUUCGAAAGGAUCUUGUUUAUAUGGGCGAUCCGUCACCCUGCCAGCGGAUAUGUUCAGGGGAUAAAUGACCUUGUCACCCCUUUCUUUGUGGUCUUCAUUUGCGAACACAUAGAAGCAGAGGACGUGGACACCGUGGACGUGGCCAGCGUGCCCGCCGAUGUGCUGCGCAACAUUGAGGCCGACACCUACUGGUGCAUGAGCAGGCUGCUGGAUGGCAUUCAGGACAACUACACCUUUGCCCAACCUGGGAUUCAAAUGAAAGUGAAAAUGUUGGAAGAGCUUGUGAGCCGGAUUGAUGAGCAAGUCCACCGGCAUCUGGACCAGCACGAGGUGCGGUACCUGCAGUUCGCCUUCCGCUGGAUGAACAACCUGCUGAUGCGGGAGGUGCCCCUGCGCUGCACGGUCCGCUUGUGGGACACCUACCAGUCUGAACCUGAGGGCUUUUCUCACUUCCACUUGUACGUUUGUGCUGCUUUUCUCAUGAGAUGGAGGAAAGAAAUACUAGAAGAAAGAGAUUUUCAAGAGCUGCUGCUCUUCCUCCAGAACUUGCCCACAGCCCACUGGGACGACGAGGACAUCAGCCUGCUGCUGGCUGAGGCAUACCGCCUCAAGUUUGCCUUUGCGGACGCUCCCAAUCACUACAAGAAAUGAGCCUGGGCCCUUCUGCAGUGGGCGGUGUCGUCCUGUCCCUUGCCUGGCUGGUGGCCCUUCAUGUGGUCCUGGGAUGAGGAAGAGCCUGAUUGGGGCAGCCCUACCCUUUUGGGCCUCACUGGGACCCAUCCCCAGACUUGGCCUGGGGCUGGUGUGGACAGGGGUGGCCUCUAUUUCCUGAGAUACCAAAGAGAGGAGGGGACGGUCCUGGCUUCCAGGGCCAGAGGGGGGUCGGGAUGCUCCACGCGCUCCCCAGGAGGAUCUUUGCCAAAUGACCGCCUUCCGGAACCUCCAGCUGAGGUAGCCGGAGAGGCAGAGGCCUAUGCUUGGGGCCUAGGCCAGAGCCAGGUGUAGCCACCUCAUGCUUACUUUCAAAUGCGAAAUUUCAAUUCUGUUGAGUGAAAGAGAAUAAAGUACACAAACAUG